CAUUGGUGAACACAUUUAGCAUAGAAUGAAUAUUUCAACACGAGGACUGCUUCUUCUCAACGCUCGCUGCUUUCCCAAUUUGUCCUUCCGAGGUGCCCUUUAGUCACAAACACUGGGUCCCAAGGUUGACGCUUGUUCCACGUUUGCAACAGAGUCAAGGGCUGAGAAGGGGUUUGACCAAAAACAUGGCUUUGAGUUUGGAUAAUUGUGACUUGGGACAUGAAAACAAGAAUGGGGUGGUUCAUCCAGCAACAGAUUCUUAUGCUGCAGAGGCAGUUGAAGCUUUGAAAGCUGGGAAGGUCAUUGCAGUGCCCACUGAUACACUUUAUGGAUUUGCUUGUGAUGCUUGCUCAUUGGAAGCAGUUAACAGGAUUUAUGAGAUUAAAGGCCGUAGACAUACAAGCCCUCUGGCUAUUUGUGUUGGUGACGUAUCGGACAUAAAACGGUUUGCUGUGACUGACCAUUUGCCUCACGGUCUGCUUGAUUCCCUCUUACCAGGGCCUGUUACUAUUGUACUAAGACGAGGAGAGUCAAGUGUUCUUGAACGAUCGUUGAACCCGGGAUUUGAUAGUAUAGGAGUUAGAGUGCCCGAUUGCAAUUUCAUCAGGAUCAUUGCCCGUGGUUCAGGAACUGCUCUAGCCCUUACCAGUGCAAACCUAAGUGGACAGCCAAGUAGUGUUUGCAUCAAAGAUUUUGAGAACCUCUGGGAACAUUGUGCUUUUGUUUAUGAUGGUGGUUUGCUUCCAUCAGGUCCUGCAGGCUCAACAGUUGUGGACCUCACUUCACCACACAAAUACAAGAUACUUAGACCUGGAAGUGCAAAGGAAGAGACAGUUGCCAUCUUAGAGAAGCAUUCUUUCAUUGAGGAAGUGAACACUUGAAUGAGCUGUGAUUCAUGUGCAGUGCCACGUUCUAGGCCUAAUGUUUCACUUGUAAAAAACUAUUCUUUCGCUUGGACAUGUGAGAAGCUGUCACCGAGCCUCCUUAUUUCCUUAAACUUUUUAUACUUUACUCCCGCAGGAUCUCUUGGACGUAUGAACAUACAUUCGACAUUAUUGGAAUCAAACAUACUAUGUUUUUAGUUGUACUAGGCUUUUUGUAUCACAUGAUUCAAAAUCUUAUUAUGUUUUGCAAUAAUAAUGUCAGGUUUCAAGAACCUGAUAUGUUAAAAGGUAACAAUGAAGAUUAUCAAAAUUAACAUUUAGUUAAUGAAAAUGAUAGAACCAGGAAACUGGACAACUUUCUCACUAGUUCACUUAUGCAAUUAUUCUAACAGCUGAUACAUUAUGACCAUGGUGGAUUAUGAAU